CGCGAGAUCGCCGCGUCACAUAAAUCUCGCAGUGAUGGCUGCGCCGCCCGACGCGGAGAGUUUGGAGUCUCGUAUCAACAGAGCCACAAACCCACUCAACAGAGACACAGACUGGAGCAGCAUCAAUGCUUUCUGUGACCAGCUCAACAAUGACUUGGAGGGUCCUCAGCUUGCCACCAGGCUCCUGGCCCACAAGAUCCAAUCUCCACAGGAGUGGGAGGCCAUGCAGGCACUGCUGGUUCUGGAGACGUGUAUGAAAAACUGUGGGAAAAGGUUUCACAGUGAAGUUGGCAAGUUCCGUUUUCUUAAUGAACUCAUCAAAGUAGUUUCUCCAAAGUACCUGGGCUCACGGUCACCAGAGCCAGUGAAAAAGAAGGUUUUGGAGUUGAUCUUUAGCUGGACUUUGGGGUUACCUGAUGAGGCCAAGAUCUCAGAUGCCUAUCAGAUGCUGAAAAAACAAGGUAUUAUUAAACAAGACCCAGAGCUGCCACCUGACAAACUGCUGAACCUUCCCCCACCCAGACCCAAGAAUGCCAUUUUUGAGGAUGAGGAGAAGUCAAAGAUGUUGUCCCGCCUGUUGAAUAGCUCGCACCCUGAGGACCUAAAAGCUGCCAACAAACUCAUCAAGGAAAUGGUCCAAGAGGAUCAGAAGCGAGCAGAGAAGGUUUCAAAGCGAGUGAACGCUAUUCAGGAGGUGAAUGAGAGCGUCAGUCUGCUGACUCAGCUUCUGCAGGACUAUGACGGCACCGCCGACAAUCAGCAAAACGCUGAACUAUUACAGGAUCUGUACCAGCGCUGUGAGAAAAUGAGACCGACACUGUUCAGACUGGCAAGUGAUACGGAGGACAACGACGAGGCUCUGGCUGAGAUCCUGCAGGCAAACGACAGCCUGACUCAGGUCAUCAACCAGUACAAACAGCAGGUGAAGGGGGAGAUAGUGAACGCCAACAACACAUUAAACACACAGAGGACAACAGGAGGAGGGACGGCACUGCUAGAUCUGUCAGGAUUGGACACAUCACCACAGUCGCCUCCGUCCUUCCCAGAGUUCCCCACCCCAACAGACAGCCUCAACGCCCCUUCGCAAGAGAUGGGGAUCAGUCUCCUGGACGACGAGCUCAUGUCACUCGGUCUAAGUGAAGGAACACACACCUCCAACCCUCACUCACAGCCUGAGGACUCCACCGCAUGGGACUCCUUCCAGUCCUCUGACAGCAUAGACACAGACAUCCCAGCAGCACCCAGUCUCCUCCUGAGUCCAGACCCCCCCUCCUACUCUCAGCCACUUUCGUCUGGCUCCACCCCCGGGAACUCGGCCCUGGACGAGCUGGACCUGCUGGGAAAGACGCUGAUGCAGCAGUCCCUGCCUCCAGAGGGCCUGCAGGUCAAAUGGGACAAGCAGCAGUGUAAACCAACUCUGAGGGAUCUGCAGAGCAAGUCUGUGUGCAACGUCACCCCAAACCCCAUACCAACCUUCGCCGUCGAACAUCCCGCACCUCUCCUCAACUCUCAGCCCGGCCCUGCAGCGACGUUGCUGGAUAUGUCCCCGACUCACACCGAGACACCGUCUGCAGACUUCACCCUGACUGAUGUUUUUGUACCGCUAGAAUCCAUUAAGCCCAGUAGUCUGUUACCUGUGACUGUGUUUGACGGACACAGUCUGCGGGUUCUCUUUCACUUCGCUCGGGACUCGCCUCCCUCUCGUCCCGAUGUGCUGGUGGUGAUCAUCUCCAUGUUGUCAUCCGCUCCCGUCCCCGUCAGUAACAUCAAUUUCCAGACCACGGCUCCAAAGCCUAUGGCAGUGAAGCUUCAGCCCCCAUCAGGAACAGAGCUCCCAGCGUUCAACCCCAUCCUUCCUCCUGCUGCUGUCACACAGAUCCUGCUGCUGGCAAACCCAAACAAGGAGAAAGUGCAGCUGCAGUACAGUUUAACCUUCACCAUGGGAGAGCAGGAGCACAGCGAGAGCGGCAGUCUAGAACAGUUUCCUCCUCCAGAGACGUGGGGGAACCUAUAGCACUGAAACACAACCACAACCUGACAGACUCUCUGCUUUCAGACUCCGCUUCCUUCCUAAACAAACUUCUCCAACACUGCGCCCAUUUUCCUUUGUAAACACAUUGUACUUUCUUUGGUCGGUAUUAAUAAAUUUUCUUGGAUUACGCUCAUGCUCUGUCAGUGUGUGUGAAUGCUUUGCUGUCGUGUGUGUGUGUGUGUGUGUGUGUCAACAUCUAGUCUGCCGUAUGUUGCCGCUUUAAAAACAGUCCUGCAACAUGCUUCCCACAGAGCUGUUGCAGUCAAUCAAUAUUUUUUUAACAAACUACAUCAAAUGUGUGCAUAUUUUUUGGUGUGUUUCAUGUUUUUCACUUUACAAAGUCCGUCUGUAUCACUUAUCAGUUGCGUUUACCUUCACCUCUGCAUGCUUUUCCAACAUGGGAUACGAUGCCUGCAAAAUCCAGCACACCGAGAGAGAAAGGACGUUAGCGCAUUACAUAGGUGCAGCUCAUCUUAGUUUCCGAAACAAAGCUGUACCUAAUCAACGUUUCAUGCUGUGUAUUUUGUAAAAAAUAAUUUCACAACAACUGAGUCCACUUUUUGAUUUGCACAGAGAAUGAUUUUUUUGAUUGUACUGUUUUCAUGUCUGUUCCUCAUCUUGUGUAAAGAACAACAUCUACUGUAACAACAGAUCAUGUGUAUCAUCUGCCAUAUGUGCCUAUUUUGCAGUUCUAACAUUAUUUAACUUUUCGUCUGUUUGGAUGGAUUUGUUUUUUUUGUUACACAUCAGUCAUAUUAGGUCUGUCUGACAUGCAGUUCAACUACAUGAUAUCCUUUUAAUUCUUAAUAUAUUCAGAGCAUUUUCAGUAGGGUAUGAAUUACAUUUUCACAUUUCUUUAUUUAGCUUGUGAUUUUUAAGUUUAAUUCAGCAUUUAUUGGGUAAAACUGAAAUAUCAUGCAAAUUGAGAUGAAGCCAGCUGCUCUGAGCACAGUGUUUGUCUCAGACAGGUUCAGAUAGUUUCUACGGUGUGCGAUGCAUGUCAGCCACGCUCAACAUUCUCUCCUCGCCACAGGCUCUCAAUCACAUUCCGCUGCACUAAACUCCCAAUACGACUGCUUUGUAAAUACCAAUGACGGCAGUCCUGUUAUGUACAUUUGAAUUGUGAAAGAGCAUAACACUGGUAAAAUAUUCCAAAUGGGUAAUAAAGGUUUUUUUUU